AUGGCUUUGUCGAGACUACACACAAACGUGGUAGGACUCGGACAUCUCCAGCCAACUUGCGCCGGCUACCCCGGACCAGACGACGCGGCGCCAUCACCGGCAAGGCACCAACUUAAGUUGCAGUUGCCACCGCCAAGGAGACCAUCAACUCCACAACGACUGCAUCUUCAGCAGCAGCAGCAGAAGCAGAAACCCAUUGUUCCUUGCACGCCGACGAAGCCAAUCAAAGGCACCGAUAACAGCGAGGAAGGAGACGCAGACGUUGGGUCCCUCGCUCCUCCUCCCCGGAAAAACAAGGCCGGCUUCGCCGCCGACGUUCUGCGUCUGUUUGACACCCUAUGCCUCCCUGUUGCACCCGACCUCUGCGUUUCCCUCAUCAAAGAGUGCACGAACCAACGAGAUAAGGCCUCCGCUCUCCAACUCCAUGCCCGCUUCACCAGUUCAAAUGGGCUCCUCAACGAGCAGGAGGUAGCCUUUCUGAACCGGCUGCUCCUCAUGCACGUUUCCUGUGGUCAAUUUGAUUUAGCCCGCCAGCUGUUCGAUCAAAUGCCUGGUAAGAGAGAUGCGAUCUCUUGGGCAAUCAUCAUUACAGGUUACUCCCACGAUGCUCAACACGAAGAAUCUAUCGGCUUCUUCAUCCAGAUGCUACGUCAUGACUAUUCCUUGCUGCAUUUUCCAGAGAUUGCAAUGGCUUCCGUUCUCGAGGCAUGUGUGUAUACUGAAAACCAAGGUUUAGGGAAACAACUUCAUGGGCUGUUGUUUAAGUGUGGAUCUACUUGUGCUGAUGGCUCGUGUCUGGGUGUCUCUUUAAAUGAACUCCACGGAAAUUUGGGGCCUGUGAAGAGUGUGAACCAUGUGUUUGAUAAGUUCCUUCAGUGUAAUAGCCUACCCAUCUGGAGUACUAAGCUAGCAAAUAGCUACAGAGAAGGGCGUUUCAGUCAAGUCGUGCACGAUUCCAACCGGAUGGGGAGGGACGGGAUAUGCAGAAUUAGCGUUUUAACCACUGUACUGAGGGCUUGUGCUAAGAUGGACGAUGGUGGGAUAUCUGGUCGACAAGUCCAUGCGAUUGCCAUCAAGCAGGGCUUGGAAGGGAAGGUUGUUAUCCAGUGUGGACUGAUUAAAAUGUAUGGUAGUUGCGGGAUGGUCGAAGAGUCCAAACAGGUUUUCAAGCUGAUCACUGACGAUAGAGAUGAUGCGCAUUGGAAUGCUAUGCUAACAUGCUAUCUCCAUAAUGGGUUUUAUGUUGAGGCCUUGAAGCUUCUUUACCAGAUGAAGGCAGCUGCUAUCGAGGUGACUGAAUCUUUGCUGAACAGAGUCAGGAUUGCAUGUGGCACUGGUACUCUAGAGAACACUGUUCGGGGAACUCUGGUGUAG